GCUGUCGUGGUGGCCGACGAGUGGCAUGGCCAAUUAGACGCAUGCGUUUCUAAUCGCUGCCAGCUGCAGCACUGCCAUCUGUGCGAAUUCAGCUGGGAGGAGACACGACAUCAUCGACGUCUCCGUUCGUGAUGGACCAUCACCGCCCAGGCCAAUUAGCGCCAUGCGUUGCUUAUAGCUGAAACUCGCAUAAUGGAUGCAUGGUCAUUCACGGCCACGAAGCAUCGAUAUGAUUUCCGCAGCCAGGUGUGGCAGAUCGCGGUGCAAGGGCCCCGGUCCAUGCACUGUUGGCUUUGCAGUGGGCCGGCAGAUAUCGGUGAUGCCCCACAUUGCGACCAUCGACGUCCAAUUGGCCGCAUUGGAUCUCCCAGUGUGAACAAUGAUCGACUGGAUGAUAAUGGGUUUGUGCUUGUUGGUGCUGGAGAGGCCCAGUGGGCCCUGCAUGGAGACGCUGCGCAGAUCGCAAUCUCGGGUGGCUGGCAUAGGGCAUCGCCAGGGCCCAAGAAUGGGACCAAUGGACCACCUCAGCUAAACCACCUACGUCACGACCUCUGCUGAAGGGAUUCCAAAUCUUCUGCAUCAUGCCCUGGCCUGUGCGAGCGUUGUGCGUGUGGUGCUGGGGAUGGCCACGCUGAGACGC